AUGCGGGUCCUUGUAGUGUUGUGUGUGCUGUUGGUGGUUGCCUUUGCCAAAGAGGACUUUGUGGGGCACCAGGUGCUCCGGAUCUCUGCCAUUGAUGAAGUGCAGGUUCAGAAGGUGAAUGAGCUGGAAGACCUGGAGCACCUGCAGCUGGACUUCUGGCGUGGGCCGGCCCAGCCGGGCUCCCCCAUCGACAUCCGUGUGCCCUUCCCCAGUCUGCAGCCCGUCAAGGUCUUCCUGGAGUCUCAUGGGAUUGAGUAUACCACAAUGAUUGAGGAUGUGCAGUCUCUGCUUGAUGAAGAGCAGGAGCAGCUCUAUGCCUUCCACACACGGGCUAGCUCCACCGACGACUUUAACUAUGCCACUUACCACAACCUGGAGGAGAUCUACGGCUUCAUGGACAUGCUCGUGGCUGAGAAUCCACAGCUCGUCAGCAAGAUCCAGAUUGGCAACUCCUACGAAGGUCGCCCCAUCUAUGUUCUGAAGUUCAGCACUGGUGGGAACAACCGUCCCGCUUUCUGGAUAGACACAGGCAUCCAUUCCCGAGAGUGGGUCACCCAGGCCAGUGGGGUCUGGUUUGCAAAGAAGAUUGUGUCGGACUAUCAAGUGGAUGAUCGUCUCACAGACUUUCUCAACAACAUGGACAUCUUCCUGGAGAUCGUCACCAACCCUGAUGGCUUUGCUUUCACCCACUCCACGAAUCGUUUGUGGCGUAAGACGCGAUCUCCAUCACCAGGCUCCUCUUGCGUGGGAGUGGACCCCAACAGGAACUGGGAUGCUGGCUUUGGAAUGGCCGGAGCCAGCAACAACCCCUGCACAGAGACCUACCAUGGCAGGUUUGCCAACUCCGAACCAGAGGUCAAGUCCAUUGUAGAUUUUGUGACUGCCCACGGAAACAUCAAGGCCUUCAUCUCCAUCCACAGCUACUCUCAGCUCCUCCUCUAUCCUUUUGGCUACAAAACAGACCCGGCCCGUGACCAGAGCGAGCUGGAUCAGCUGGCCAAGUCUGCAGUGACAGCUCUGGCUUCUCUGUAUGGGACCUCGUACAAGUACGGCAGCAUCAUCCACACCAUUUACCGGGCCAGUGGAGGCACCAUUGACUGGACCUACAACCAGGGCAUCAAGUACUCCUUCACCUUUGAGCUCCGGGACACUGGGCGCUAUGGCUUCCUGCUUCCAGCUGCACAGAUCAUCCCCACUGCCCAGGAAACAUGGCUGGCUCUUCAGGUCAUCAUGGAUUACACCAAGAACCACCUAUACUGA